AUGUUUUCAACUACUGACACAAAGUCAGUAGACUUAUUGAACAGUAUUUCCAUACAAUUUAAUCGUUAUUUUUCGAUAUUUAUUUUUCUGUUUGGUAUGACUGGUAAUAUUCUUAAUUGUUUUGUUUUAUCACAGCCGACUCUUCGCGUAAAUCCGUGUGCUUAUCUUUUCUUAGCUUCAUCGAUUGCGAAUGUAAUUUCUAUUAGUUUUGGUUUAACCACACGAAUAUUAUCUGGUUGGAAUACAGAUUUUACCGAUACGCACAGCCUUAUUUGUAAAAUUCGUGUUUUUAUUAUGUUUGUUUCACGAACAACAGCGUUUUGGCUUAUUGCAUUCGCAACGAUUGAUCGUUGGUUUACAUCAUGUUAUCAGUAUCAACGAAGGCAGAUGAGCUCAUUGAAAAAUUCUCAACGUGCAACAUGGUGUAUUACUGUUCUUUCGAUUCUUUUCUAUUGUCAAGUAUUAUAUUGUUAUGAAGCAAAUAUAGAUGCAGCUCCAUUACGAUGUUAUGGUAGAAAUGUUAAAUGUCGAUUAUUAACCGAUAUAACUUAUGCAAGUGUUACAAUAUUUUCUCCAAUAUUAAUCAUGUCUAUUUUUGGUUUCAUGACAAUUUCGAAUAUACGUGAUACGUAUUCAGUUUCGGUAUUAGAAAAAAGAAUAUUUAAGAGAAAUACUGAAAAGCAUAAAACACUAUCAAUGACAAUUGGACAACGAGAACGAUGGAGAAAAAUAGAUCGUUAUUUACGUCGUGUACUUUUCAUACAAAUAAUUCUUCUAAUUAUUUUUACACUUCCACAAGUUAUUGAUAAAUUCUAUAUGACAUCAGCAGUGCAUAGAAAAAAGUCGUUGCUACAUACUACUAUCGACACAUUUAUUUAUAAUUUCGUCCUACUUCUGACUUAUGCAGCUAGUGGAAUACCGUUUUAUAUCUAUACAUUAUGCGGCGGAAGUAUUUUUCGAACUACACUGAUGACUUUACUACGAAUGAUGAUCGAAAAAAUAAGUUGCCGAUGA